AUGUUUGAUGACCAUGAGAAGCAGUACGGGGAAGGCAGAUAUCAAACAGAAUUCAACACAAGAAAGUUCAUACAAAUUGAUCCCAGGGUGGAUAUAAGCAUUUCUGAAACUGCUGCUCCGUCUCCGCGCAAGACAAGACCACUAAAUCCAAGCGAAUUGAAAAAACUAACGAAAUCACUCAAAGAAGAGCCAUCAAUAUAUGAGUUUCAUCCAGAACUAAGAGAGAAAGAACAGAAGCUGUACACAAAAAACAUAGAGUUUGAUGUUGACUAUGCCCCGAUUCCUUUCUUGAAGACACAGCCUAUGGAGCAUCAAUUUUACGGAAUCUCGUGGAUGAAAAGUAGAGAAUGCCACAAAAAUCAAGAAUGUUCUGGGGGCGGAGUUCUGGCUGAUGAAAUGGGACUAGGCAAAACCCUGCAGAUGAUCGGAUUGAUGCUUAGAGAUAAGCCAGGCGAAUUGAAUCUUGUAAUCGUCCCUUCAGUUGCACUUCCACAGUGGGUUUCUGAAAUUGAAAAGCAUGCGCCUGGCGCAUUCAAUAUUGUUAUUCAUCACGGCAGAACAAAAGUUUGCGAGGGCAGCAAUGCAGUUCAUAUAGAUCAGACCAGAUUCAAUAUAAUUUUAACGACAUACGGAACGGUUGAAAGUCUAUAUAGAAAAAAGAACAGUAGGCUACAUUCUCUAAAAUUUACUAGGGUAGUCUUAGACGAGGCGCAUACAAUUAAAGAUAAUAAAAGCAGCACAUCAAAGGCAAUUAGUAUGCUACAAUCUAAGUAUAGAUGGGGAUUAACUGGCACACCUGUCCAGAAUAGAGUCAAUGAUCUUCUAUCGCUAAUAAAGUUUCUGAGGAUAGAUCCGCAAUCGUAUUAUUUUUGUAAAAAGUGCGCUUGUAAAAGUCUAGUGUGGCUGAGAAAUGACGAGAAAGAAGAUACUGGUCAUUACGGUCGAUGUGUCUGUGGCCACUUUUCUACCAGCCAUUUUUCAUGGUGGAAUCGGCGAAUAGCCAAUCCUAUUAGAGAGCUCGGAUAUACCGACCGAAAUGAGGAGCUAUUUACCAGAUUACAACACAUUACCAAGCAGUUCAUUUUAAGGAGAACCAAGACAGAAUUAGAAAAGAGCCUUGGCUUGCCCUCAAAAGUAGUUAUUGUGAAAAGAUGUCUGUUUAGCCCACAGGAACUGGAGUUUUACACUAGCUUGUAUAGUGAUACAAAAUCAAAAUUUAACUCGUAUGCAAUCAAAGGACAGGUUCUAAACAACUAUGCUCACAUAUUUGAGCUGUUGCAAAAAAUGCGCAUGGCAGUAAACCAUCCGUACUUGACGUACAAGAAUUCUGGCUUGAUGGAAAAUGCGCCAAUAUGCGGAUAUUGCAAUGCAGAAGCUGAAGAUCCAGUGCGGUCAAAGUGCAAUCAUGUGUUUUGCAGAGGAGAAGCGGAAGUUUUUCUCCUGCACACCAACAAAUGUCCUGUCUGUCAUGUUCCAAUAACCAUAGAUCUAUCAGCAGAAGAAAAUAUUAAAACUCAAAAUCUCAUUGCGAUCGAUAGCUGGCAGUCGUCCACAAAGAUAGAAACAUUAAUAGAAAUGCUUAGUUCAAUGAGGAGUGAAGGGAGGAUGCCAAAAAGCAUUGUGUUUUCUCAGUUUGUUAAUUUUCUUGAAAUACUGAGGUGGAGACUGGAGAGGGCAGGGUUUAGAUGCGUAAAGAUCUAUGGAUCUAUGACUAUAUCCCAGAGAAAAGCAGCAAUUGCCGAGUUCAACUCAAAUUCAGAGAUAACCGUCUUUCUUAUUUCUCUUAAGGCGGGUGGCAUAGCCCUUAACCUGACAGAGGCAGAGAAUGUCUUUAUUAUGGAUCUAUGGUGGAAUCCGGCAGUUGAGGAGCAGGCCAUGGACAGAAUUCACAGAAUAGGGCAGCAUAGAUCUAUACGAAUAUACAGAAUAAUCAUUGAAGAUUCGAUAGAAUCCAGGGUGCUACUUCUCCAAAAGAAGAAAAAGGCGCUCUUUGAAACUACAGUUGAUAACAACAUGGAUGCACUUCAAAGACUAACCGAAGAAGAUCUUCAGUUUUUAUUUUGCUAA